AUGGUAGCCGGAAUUUCACGAUCACCCACAACUCUCAUCAUUGUAUUCUCUCUCACCAUCCUCCUCUUAUGGUACACAACUACAACCACCACCAUUAUUUUCCGGCAACCACCUCCAACUGUAAAAGGCAACCAUAUCGUAAAGGAAAAACAACAGGAUCAACAUUACAGGUCACUAUUGACACGCCGUGUAUUGAUCAACAGGAAAGUGUUAUCACCAACCGCAAACUUCGACUUCACACCGUUUCUUCAUGGGGAUCACCACCAGCACCACCAGCAUCCGGCUGCAGUGCCAGAGAUUGACCAAAGAUAUGGAGUUGAGAUGCGGCUUGUCCCGACAGGUCCGAACCCAUUACACCACUGA